AUGAGUAGUGGUUGGAUUAUUGUCCUUUGCCGUGGUUUGAAAGCAAGUUUGGCUCCCGUGUUGACUACUUUAGUCAAGUCAACUUUCCACUGCAAAGUUGUGUGUCAGUGUAUUCAAAUAGGAAGAAAAAUAAGGGCUCUGAGAUUGGCUGGGGACAUUGGUCUUGAGUCUUUCAUCCUAGAGGGGGAUUCCAAGAUCACUAUUGAUGCUUUAGCAGAAAAUAUCGUGGAGCAUGCGGAGUUUGGUAAUCUGUUUGAGGAAGCUAAGUGGUUGGCAAGUCAGUUUGGGGACGUGAGUUUUAAUCAUGUAAGGAGACAGGGCAAUAGUGCCGCGCAUAACUGUGCUAGACAUGCAAGACAUGUUAGCGAGUAUACGGUGUGGAUGGAGGAUGUUCCUCCACAUCUUUCUACUGUAAUUCAAGCCGAGUUGGCAUCUUUUGAAUAA